UGUCUGGAUGAAACGCAGACUCUGCCUGACUUACCGUUGUGUUUUAGCUUGUGCCUGAGCAGCAGGUUCAGGAUCAUAGUUUUUUUAACUGCUCCUCGGUUCAGGACGGAUGCAGGUAAGCAGAUGACUUUUAUUAAGAUAAAAAAAGUAGGUUUAAGUACAGCUACGAUUGUCGAUUAUAUAUUUUUUUUGUCCUCUAAACUGGCAACAAAUUGUAUAAAAUUUAUAGAUUCCUCAGAUGGAAGAUAGACAAGUGUCCAGUUUGUCUCAUGUGAAUUGGAAAGACGGCUGCUGAUUCUGAGAUUUGCUUUAACAACUGACUUUCCUAACACAGGACGGCUGGUAAAUUUGUAGAGGGAGGGGGACAGAGGGGAGAGAGCAGCAUCCCUAAGCAGGAAAACUCUUCUUACAUAUAACUGGGAAACCUAAGAGCUGAUGAGACGGUGGAGUGAUGCAGAGAACGGACAUUGGUGUACAUUAUCUUACAUUGCACUGAGGAGUGGAGUAAGUGUUCACCAAAGGUUUUAUUUCCUUCUUAUGUAGGGUUUGUAAGCGGCAUUAGGCAACUGCAGAGUUUUUCAGCCCUCACUGUUGGUCAACAAUGCAAGGCAAACAUCAGACGAAUUAAUUAAAGCUCACAGUGUAAAUUCAGACUAUUUACUUUGUGGGACCUGCUUGGAGUCUACUUACGUGUAGUUUGUGUAUGUGCCAGUAAUGUUUACUGAGAACAUUACUGGCACAUCAUGCAGAUAACCCAGUCACAAUUUGGAAACAUAUAUGUUUCAGUAAAUACGAUUAUUUAGAGGGGAGUGAAAAAGUAAAUGUCUGACAGAUUUCUAUUUUAGACAAGUGAAUAAGUGGAAUAAGUACAAUCUUUUUUCAAAUGAUGAUUUUAUUUAUUAAGAGAAAGAAAAAAUAUCAGACUAACUUGGGAUUCUGUGAAAAGAUAAUUGACUCUACAGGUAAGUCAUCCAUUUAUUUUGAUUAAUCACGUUUUUUUGUUCAUUUCAAAAUCCACACCCACACCUUGUUCCUUCAAGAGCUUUAGCAUUAAAUCAGUAGCUUCUUGACAACAUGAAGGAGGCUAAAAUAACUCAAAAAGCAACACAUCACAAACACCUGCCAGUUCAGAAAGGGCUACGGAGUUUUUCUAAGCCUUUGGGACAUCAGCAAACCACAGAAAACCAUUUUCCUGAAAAGUAAAAAAAAAAAAAAAAAAAACCAUUUAACAGUCUGCGUCAAUGACUCAUCCGAUUUAACUCAAUUUAGUUUUUUUUUUACAUAGCUCCAAUUAGCAGCAAAUCAAUUCAAAGUCAGUUUGAUGCUUUACAAUUUGAUUCUAAUUUUUAAACACUGCGGUCAAGUUUAGUUUAUUUUGCCAACUGAUGAAACCUUCUAAGGUAAUCCAACCAAUAGCAUGGAGUUUUUGACAUUGCAGCAAUCUCAUCCUGAAAAUGCAUUUGGCAAGAGUGGAAAGGAAAAUGCCCAUUUAACAGCAAAGCUUGGGUCAGAAAAAAAGAACAUCAUGCUGACAGUCAAACUUUGUUUUUUAAAGUACCUGGACAACUUGCCAUAAUUGCAAAACCAAAUAGGUCUUCCUCUUAAUGGCUAAAAAAUAUUAUUUUAAAACAAACAAACAAACAAACAAAAAAAAAAAAAAAAAAAGGAGUGGCCUAGUCAAAGUCUAGACUUAAAUUAGAGAGAAAAGUUAACUUAAGAAGAGGACAUUAAAUUUGAAAACUGUCCUGUGUGGCUAAAUUAAAAAUAAUUCUGCAAGCUUGCUUUGUGACUUGUUAUUUACCAGGUGUUAUUCCAAACACUCAGUGGCAGAACCAGUUCUUAAGGGGAUGUCUGAUAUUAUUAUUUUUUUAUUAUCUUAAACUGUUAUUUGAUAAAAUGCAAAAUCAGGAUAAAUUGCAAGGGAGCAAAUACUCUUUCACUGCACUAUAAGUUACUUUAUUAAAAUCCAUAGCUGAGCUGGUCACAAUCUUAGUUAUUUCUUUGUAAGUACACUUUAUAUUUUUUUCAGACAAAUAAUUAUUGCAUGUAUUUAUUCAUUUGCCACAUAAUCACAACCACUAGAAGAUGUAGUCGUCUUUCAAGUAUUCAUCACUUCAUCGUGUGACUCAGAGAGCCGAGGUACCUUACAGGAUCAAAUCGUCUUUUGUAACUUUCAAACAGCAGCAGUUCAUUGCACUUUAACAAACCAGGUAUUUAUUAGCUUGAUAUGAGCUGAGAGAGCAGCAGCCAGAUGGUUGCUGUUGAUCUUGUUACAAAGGUAGAUGUGAGAAGACCAUUUCUUGGUUCACAGCAAAUACACACACACACACACGCACACGCGCACACACAUGCACCCACACACACACACACACACACCACUGGGUUGUUAAUCUGUACACCCAUCUCAGCACCUGUUGCUCCUGAAGAUGUUAAGUGGUAGAUAAUCCUGAAUAAUUCUGUACACAUCGACUAAGAUUGUAUAUAUUGGAGUUAAGAGUGAAGUUGAGACCUUAUUUGCAGGGACACAUGGGUUUGCAUACUAACAGGCCACUGAUUGCAAAGCUGAUGCAUAGGGUAAUAAGUGACGACGUUAAUGAUUGACCAAACCUGUUCUGCACAAUCUGUCAGAGGUGGUUGCUAAGAGCUGCAGAACAGGUGACAGGAUGGCUGCAUGUUCAACAGACAAUCUAUGCUUAUAUGAACCAUCCUGGCCUGCAUAUAAAUGUCAAAAGUGAACUUGUUCAUUUUUUAUGCUCUCAGCUUGCUUCUGAUGAACAAAGAUUAUCAUGAUUGUUUGAUGAGUUAAAAUGACAGACUUUAAAUGCAAGCUCACAUAGUUCUCCCCUUCUGUAUCUCUGAGCUCUGUGGCUGUAAUUCAAUGCUUUCAGCGCAUUGAAGGUUUUUUCUGAUACUGAAGAAACAUGGUGGGCCUGAGAAACCGUUCUACGUGGGAGCCAUUGUUGCUGAAGGCCUCAUGCAUCAAGUCUUGUGCCAAUGGUUGCUCCAUGGGCAUCACUGCACAACUCACGUACGCCAAUGCUGACACAGAGUCUGUGGAAGGUGUGUUUGUGUAUCCUCUUGAGGAAAAGGAGGUUGUGGUGGGCUUUGAGGCCAUGAUUGCAGGGCGGCUGGUGGGAGUGCAGAUCCAGAGCAGAGGAAAGCUGAAGGACUGCUGUUUGGAGUGCUGCCCUGGAUCUGGUCUUGAUGGACACUACGGAAGCGGCCAGGAGUGGAGAUGCUGCUGCGGGAUUUCUGGCCUGGACAUGCAAUGCACCAACGGACACCUGAUUUUGGAUGAAGACCUGGAAAGAACCACAUUCAUUGUGGGUUGUGGAGUUAUUGACCCUAUGGACAUAGUGUCUGUCAUCAUCAGCACCACACUAGAACUCCCUACUUUGGAAAAUGGAGCUAUCCGUAUCGUCUAUCCAACACUGCUUACUCCGGUUGUAACUGGCCAGUUGACUGCAAGCAAAAGUGAAAAUGGAGGAAAGUCUGAGGAAACUGGAGCAACCAGCUGUUUUGGUGCUACCUCGGGGAAGCAGGAUCGGGCUGUAGACUCUGAGCAGCAGUGCUCUCAUGGGCUCUUUUCCAGUCCUGCUGUCAAUCUGGCACCGUAUGAACUCAACUUCCAGCUGCUGGUUAGAGGCGCCUGUCUGCUGGCUGGCUUGGAGAGCCCUACACAUGCUCUGAGAGCAGAUGCAGAUCCUAGUGCCCAAAGUGCAUCUGCCACUUAUAUUACUUUGGCUCAGGAGCAUCCGUACGAUAGACACAUAGAGAUAAUAUUGCACCUCAGUGAACCUCACAGUCCAUUGGUCAUCCUGGAGAAAGGCAGACUGUCCUUCAGCCAGUAUGAACAACAGAUCUGCUCUCGCCGAGAUUACAUUCGAUACACACGCAAAGACUCAGACCCUGAGAGAAGGCUGGAGUACAUCCGUAGACGAUACCACAAAGACAUCCUCUGCAGCCCCGUCCUCAUGCUCAACUUCUGUCCUGACUUACUGUCCGAGCCUCUGGAGCUGCACAAAGCUACCAGAGAGUUGCUGUUCCUAAUCGAUCGCAGCGGCAGCAUGAGUGGCACUAACAUACAACGUGUGAAGGAAGCCAUGGCUGUGGCCCUGAAGAGUCUACCCACUGGUACGAUGCUCAACAUAGCUGGCUUUGGGACCACCAUCAAGCCUCUGUUUACCUCCAGCAAGCUCUGCACUGAUGUGACUCUAAUGCAGGCCUAUGAGUACAUCCAGAGGAUGAGAGCGGAUAUGCGCGGGACAAACCUUCAGGGGGCGCUGUCCUGGCUCUACCAGCAGCCCAUGCAGCGUUCUUAUCCACGGCAGGUCUUUAUCAUCACUGACGGCUCCAUCAACAAUGUGGCUAAGGUGCUGGAGUUGGUUCGCAGAAACACAUGUGCUGGCAGAUGCUUUGGCCUCGGCCUCGGUCCCCGAGCUUGCAGGAGACUCCUUCAGGGAAUUGCCAAACUGACUGGGGGGACCACAGAGUUCUUCGAUGAUGAAGAAAGACUCCAGCCCAAGUUAAUCAAGUCUCUAAAGAAGGCCUUUGAACCUGUUCUGACGGAUGUUCGGAUUGACUGGUACCUGCCAGAGAACAUGGAGGCCCUCCUUUCACCCAAUGAAAUUCCUCCUUUGUACCCCGGAGAUCGCCUAGUUGGAUACUGCACUCUUUAUGACAUGACAAAUUUCAAAGCAAAGAAGACAGAGUGCCAAGAAAGGGACUGCAGAGGUGUGCACCGUGACUCCGUGGGUUCUGUUUUUACCCAUUCGAAUGAUGAGCUUUCACCGCCUCCUUCAUCUGAGCUCAUGCCUGUGGUGAUGCACUCCGACAGAACCGAGUUGGAGGAGGCUCUGAGAGAAAUUUCAAGAGAAAUUUCUUCUGAGUUUUCUUGUGCCAGAGACACUGACCUUGGAUUAAGCCCAGGUGUGGAGCUGGAUUGGUCCAGCGAUAUAAGGCAGAGGAUUCAGCAGAGCUCCUACAUUCAGGAGCAGUACGUUCUCACUCACUGCUCCCUGAGCAGCGAGCGAAGUCUUCAGAAACAGUCCCACGUACACAUUCAUGCCUCAAGCUCUGACUCUGCAGGUGGGGGCUUUCUUUCUGAUACCCACUCCUCUGGUCCGGUAUUGGAAACAGGGUCUUUACCACAAGGCCUUGAGAGGAUGGCCCCUCCAGAGCCAUCAUCCUUAUCUCGCUGGGCGGACCCAGCAUGGCAACAAAACCUCUCAGCGGAAACUCCUGACAAUGUUGCUAAAAAUAAUGUGCAUCUGGGUGGAAACGAGGAGUCUCGAAGGAGACAGAAAGCAUUAGCUCGUUCUACAAUGGCAGCAAGGAGUUUUUCAUCACCACAGGGUGAACUGGAAAUGCAUCGCCUCCGGAGAGCUCUUGAAAGGGUCUCCUUUGACCAGACUCUUGGAGGACGGUUGGAUGAAAGUGAGGGAGAAACAAGGCCUUCAUCAAGAGGGACAGUUUCCCACAGAAGCCUGACUGACUCCAACGGACUCCUGUUUCCUGCUUCACCCCUGGACUGGGACAGCCUCACUGACCCAGAGUAUCUAUUUACUGCUGCUCAGCCUGAAGAUCCUCCCCCAGGUCAGUGUUGCUCCCUCAUUCAUGGUCUGCUGAGUGGCAAACCUGUGUCCUGGGAGGUUACUGUGGACACGGGACAUCUCUGGCCACCGGAAGACCAGGACACCACUGGAGUCAAUGAAUGUAGAAUUGGUGGGGACGAUGUAGGAAAGCCAUGGGAGGAGAUCAUUCACCACCUGACGGCUCGCUCAGUAAUAAGGGACUUUGAAAAGCUGGGAGAAAAAGAGAACGAAACUGGACAUGGGUCAGGUAAACGGUAUCGUAUGAAGGCUAUUCAGACAAGCAAGCACUGUAACAUCAUAUGCAUGUACACAGCCUUCACCAUCACCAAUGGCAGCACAAGCAAAGGCUUGGCAGAGAGCACAGACGUCCGAAACACAGGGAUUCAUAUGGGGACCAGGCAAUCUUCUCAACCUGGAGGUCGCAGGCAGAGGGUCUAUUCUGCCGGUCUGGGAAGACGGCGGAUCAGCGGCGAAAGUGAAGAGGCUGAAGACACCUGGAACUUUACAGAUGCAGGUGGAUUCUGUUCCAUGGCUACUGUAACAACAGGGAUGUCGUGCAAUCGUUCACAGCGAUCUAUAGAGAGCAAGUCAAUGGAGAGCUUCUUUAGUACCAGGUUCCAGCUGGGUCGACUCAGGUCCUCUAUUUCAUCCGGAAAGCAGGUUCCCCUCAAAUCUCACUGUCUAUCAGCAGAGACCGACAAACAGCCAGAGAGUGAAACUCCAGACUACCAGCCCCUGGUGCAUUUACAGCUUGCAUCAGGGGCUUUUCUCCUGACGGCGAUGUACUCAGAGUGUGUCCAAAUCCCCCUGGACCGCCUUAAGAGAGCAUCACCUUACAGCCUUCACCGAAGUAGCCUCAGCCCAGCUUUUCGCUGCACUUCUCCCAGCGCUCCCUCUUUGUCCACCUCUGCCAAGCCUCCAGGUGCUCCCACGAUUCACCAUGUCACCUUUUCUCCUUCCUCGUGCUCUCUGGCCAAACCGGGUGCUCCUCCCUUCCACCACACUCCAGUAGACAACCCUUUGAUUUUGGAGUCGAGGCUUCUGCGAAAACAUUUGUCGGACCGAGACCCUGUCAUCUCUCCCCCUGAUCUCCCGAGCUCUGAGGAGGGAUCCAUGGAGCUGCAUAUUGGCCCCUCUCACAGUCACAGCCUUGGACAAGCAGACAGCGGCCGUGGUUCAGAGACUGAUAUAUACGAGGGGACUUCAGCAGAGCUAGCAGACCUCCAGGGUAGCAGCCAGUUGGCUCAGGAAGAUCUAGAAGGUUCCACCUGGGCCACCGCUGUAGCUCUGGCGUGGCUGGAGCACCGGUGUGCUGGCUACUUCAUGGAGUGGGAGCUGGUGGCAGCAAAAGCAGAUUUCUGGUUGCGCUGUCAGAAACUGCCAGAGAGAGUGGACCUUGCAGGGCUACGAGGAGCAGCCAGACAGCUGUUUCUGCUGCUGCGCCACUGGGAUGAAAACAUCAAGCUCAACAUGCUGUGUUAUAACCCCAAUAAUAUGUGAGACAGUCAGUUCAGAGGUACAAGAACAGAUCCACAGUCUUGUGGAAAAAUUAGGACACCCCAACUAUUUUUUUAUUUUAGUUUUUUUUUUUUAGAAAUGUUCACAUGCUGAUUUAUAAUUAGCAAGAAAUUUUUAUAAAACAAAGUGUUUAUAAGUAAGCAAAAUUGAAAAUUGUUUUCCUUAUUAAAGAAAGGAAAUAAAUGAGCAAAUAGUUAGAACACUCCACCCACUAAAUAAAAGCUAGUCUUUGCCCCUUUGACUGAAAUGACUUCAGUCACUGCUUGUAUCCACCUGCCAGUCUCUGACAUUGCUCUGAGGAAAGUUUGUCCCACUCCUCAUAUUCAGCUGAGAUAUGAUUGAGGGGUUUCAAGUCACUCCACAAUGUCUCACAAAAAUCCGAUCUGGGCUUUGACUUUCUAUUUCUUAAUGGUCCUUGGUGAAUUCACUGUUGAUUCACUGUCAUUAUGUAAGGACCAGUUCUGCUUCGUCUUUAGUUUUUUUUUUUAUUUUAAGUCUUGCAUCCUCUGAUACAUGGUGGAAUUCUGCAAGGGUGAGCUGCCACGUCCUGCUAUAGCAAAGCAUCCUCAAAUAAUGACACUUCCACCUCUACGCUUCACAGUUGACAUGAGGUUCUUUUCCUAGAAUGCUGUGUUUGAUUCAUGCCAAUCAUAUCCUCUCUUCUGAUGCCCAAAUACAUUUCAUAUAAACUCAUCUGUCCGAAGAACAUUAUUCCAGAAGCCCUGGUGUUUGUCUGCAUUCUCCAUUACCAAAUUAAGGCUUCUGGCUUUCUGUUUUUCUUAAGAGAGCAAAAGACACUUGCUUUUUCUUUUAACAAAUCCCGUGAGUACAACUUGUGCAGUUUCAAAUUUGUGUUCACUCUCACUUCAACAGACAGGAUCACACCAAAUAUAAAUGACUGAGGUUUAAACUGGGCAAAUUGCCUUGAAAAUGUUGGCUAACAAUGUUCCAGUCAUUUGAACUUGAUAUAAAGUAAUAAAUGUGAGGAAGUCCUAAUUCAUUCCUAAUCAGAAAUAGCAUUUUUAUUUCAUUUUGUAUGAAAUGUAUUUCUUUUCUCUUUUUUUAGUUUUAUCUGAUGUAUAUUACUUGAAUUAUCUGAUAUGAAAUAUCCAAAUGUCCAAGCUCAAUAGAAAGAGACAUAGGCUAUUGUAGGGUGUCUUACUUUUUUAUGACUGGAUAACAAAAGCUGUACUUUAUUAGUUGAUACUGUAAAUCAGUGCCAAAUCCACCCCAAUUUACAAAAGUGACCUUUAUUAUAAAUGUGCUUUAUGCAAACACAAGAAUGCCUUGACCAUCUAAAUAAGCUUUUCGUAGUUUAGACUGUAGCUUAAAGUCUAUGUUAUGUGUACUAUGCCAAACAAAGAAUCAGUCAAUGAUUGUCAUGUUGGUUAUUAGAUAAACUGAUGAAAGUUUAGCUCACACAAUCAACAUAAUAAUACAACAUAAUGGAAGCUAAGCAUUUGUUGUACUGUGUACAAAAGGAAUAAAAGUUUUAAUCUGUGUUUUAUUUGUCUGGAUUCAGUCAGUUCACAUCUACAAAAUAGUGCUCCAACUUUCUCCCACAGAACAAAAAUAUGACUACUGGGGUACUUGGUAAACUAUUUGUCCUUAGGUAUGAGUGUGAGCAGAAUAGAUGCCUGCAGACCUGUCCAGGUGAACCCCUCCUCUCAUCCAAUGAACACUGGAAACAGACACCAGGGGCCCUUAGUGGAUGACAGGACAAAGGACGUAUAUUUAUUUUUCUGGAAAAUCUGGGCAAGCUUCAUACAUUUUAAGACUGAACAGGAACCCUGUAUUAAAAUGCUGAAAUCUUUAGUAAACAUUUUUUUAAAGUUUUAAGUUAAUUUAAGUCUGAAUAUCUCAUAUAUCCAUUGAUUUUGAGCUACUAUUACAAAAUGUGAUACAUUAGAACUCCUAAUCAAACCAAAACACUCAGUGACCUCCCACUGGUAGAUAUUGUAUAUUUGAGUUAUAUAACCCUAUUUCUCUAGAAUAGAAUAGAAUAGAAUUUAUGGAUCCCAAUAGGAACUUGCUUAUUUGCUGACAAGCUACUCCAUCCAAGGUCUAAAUAUUACUAAAUACAAAUACGACCAUAAGCAAUAUAAAUUCAUAACAAUGUGGUAAAUUAAAUGACUAAAUUUAAAAUUAAAAUAAUGUAUAGUAGGCUACUAGUACAAAAAAGGACUUCAAGUAUGGCUGAUAUUAAUUCUUGCAGUUACUACGAAACCAAGGGUGCAAGAAGUUUGGGAACGCUUUAGUUCAUCAAAAAGAUGAAGUGUCUGAUAAGGACUGUGGUCCUUUUCAGACUUGUCUUUUUGCUUCACCGGAAAGAUGGGUACAAAAUGAACAAAGCCAUAAACGCCAAGAAGGUAA